AUGGUUAAUUAUUACCAUCAUUGUUGCCUUGAUGACCGUCGAUCUCGUGUAGCCGUGCACGGUUUCGUUCUCGGGAAUAGCCGAAAACAUUGCAUCCAAGAAAUCCGAACCCUCGAAAUCCCCUGCAUCAUCAUUACCACCUCUGUUUUCGGCCCUCUCUCGAACCCAAUCCUCGAGCACAUCGUCGAUUACCUUACUAGUAUCCUUCAUCUCUUUAAUAUAUCCUCCGAUAUCGAGCCAUUCCAAACAAGGGAUAGCGUCGGACAAAACAAACACCCCACUAAGGUGCAACGCUUUCUUAAUCGCCUCCUUAAACCGAUAAUCCUUAUCUUCAUCACGAGCGUAAGGGGCUAUGGCCUUGUUUGGGACGUCGUUAGCAAUGGAGUAGUACAAGUGUUUUACGAAAAGCCCGAUUUCCGAGGCCCGGAUGUGGGCCAGCCCGUCAAGGCGGCGUGGGGUGAGGAGCUCGAGGGUGGCCAUCUUGCGAAUGUGGCGCCAGUAGGGCCCAUAAGGGGAGAGGGCAAAGCUGGCAUUUUCGUAGCCGAGGUAUUUGCCGGUGGCCAUAUUGGGCCGGGUGGCAAAGGCCCGGUCGUUGGUGGUGAAGCAUUCCUUGAUGGACUGCCAGCUACUCACGACUAG